GCGCUGGUAGAGAAACCAUCCAGUGAAGAUAAGAAAACAUUCCGCUAUCUCACCAUAGAGGAGGACAAAGCAUCCUUGGGGAUAUACCAUGUGUUCCUUCUUAUAGAGGAUGGGUUCUUCCACAUUUCAAACCUUGCAUUGGCAGAGAUCGAGACAGCUAUGGAAAAAAUGGAUAUGGGAUCUUUGAAAGAGCUCCAGUCGCUCAUGAAGAUAGACUUCUGCUCCACCAGCGAACACCACGAGGAGGGCUGCAGCACAGCAGUCGUGUUCAACAUGGGCCCCGAAAUCCACUUAAUGAUCGGGGGGGAUAACGAAAAUGUUUUGACUCACUGGACGAUGGACCCUCGUCAGACCAAGAUGUGUCUUACUCACUCUGUGGACAACAGCUUAAUUCCAGGUGUGAGGAAGAUGGUGGUGGCAGACAACCUCUUGUAUGUUCUUGACACCGAGGAUUCCCUGAGUCUUUGGGACCUACACUUUCUGGUCAUGGUUCACUGCUGGCAGGAUCUUGCUAUUCAUGACUUUGAACUCACUACAGAAUGUGGCUCUGCUUCCAGAGUGGCCCAAGACACGGGCAGCAUGAAGAUGAUCACACUGAUUAAGCAAGACAACAGUCAGAUCAACUCAAUGCAAAUAAGAUGUCUGCCCUCCAUGACGGUCUGCUACUCUCUGGAUGUCUCCUCUGUCUCUUGUCUUGUCCAGACAAACAUAAACAUGGAUACGAUCUAUUUGGUGGAGGGGAUUUGUGAGAACCCAGAAAGGUGGGAUAU